AUGGAGUCGAAACCUGGUGAUCUCGCGGGACUGGCAGAGUCUUUGACAAAAGCUACGCUUAACGAAUCAAGUACAGCUUCUGAAACGCAGGCCGGGGAUGCUGCUGCAGGGUGGGAGGAUGUUCCAGAUCCGGACGAGGAUGAUUUAGAUGAUUUAGAUGAUAUGCUCGAUGAGUUCAACACUGCGAAACCAGAAACGAAAGCACCAGCGCCAGCCUCCACAACAACAACCUCCGGUCCUGGCAGGCCGUCCGUUGAAGAUGAUCCUCUUCUUGGCGGUGGUGAAGGACUAUCCGACGAUGAUUUCGCAAAGCAAUUACAAGCAGGUAUGGCGGAACUCAUGGGAGAACUCGAGACGUCGCCAGAAAUGCAAGCACAGUUUGAGAGUAUGUUGAAGGAGAUGGGUGGGCUCGGAGAGACGGGACCAGCGCCUCCACCACCAUCUGCGCCAAAACCCGGAUCGUCGAAGAGCAAAACAACUGCUGGGUCCGCUGGCGAGGAAUCGUUUCAGGAGACAAUCAAGAAGACAAUGGAAAGGAUGCAAGCUUCGGGUGACCAGGCAACGGCUGCAGCUGCAGAGGAUAAUUCGGAUGAUUUACUUUCAGAGAUGAUGAAGGCUAUGGCUGGUGGAAUGGAUGGUGACGGCAGUGAGGAAGAUUUCUCGAAAAUGCUGUUGGGUAUGAUGGAGCAAUUGACUAAUAAGGAGAUAUUAUACGAGCCCAUGAAGGAAUUGGAUGACAAAUUCCCGGCAUGGUUGGAGAAGAACUCUGCUAGUACGCCUGCGGAUGAUUUGAAGCGGUACAAGGAACAACAAGUUUUUGUGAGGGAGAUUGUGGCUAGAUUCGAGCAAAAGACGUACAAGGAUGAGAAUGCUGCGGACCGGGAGUAUAUUGUGGAGAGGAUGCAAAAGAUGCAAGCGGCAGGAUCACCACCUGCGGAUCUUGUUGGAGAUAUGGCUGCCGCCCAAGAAGCGUUCGGGGCACCAGAAGAAGGUUGCCCAACACAAUGA